AUGGCUUUGUUAAUUGUGGCAUUGUCACUAACUGGGUUAGUUCGUACUUCAUCUCUUUACGAGGUUGGAGACUCCAACGGAUGGACAACAACGAUGGGUCUUGAUUAUUACAAGACAUGGUCUUCUUCAAAAAAAUUCUACGUCGGUGAUAUACUCCUCUUUCAAUACAACGAGACUCUCCACAAUGUGAUGGAAGUGAGUUCCCAAGAUUUCGAGUUGUGCAAUCCUAAAUCCCCUCUGACCAUAUACCAGUCACAGAAUGAAUUAGUUGACCUUAACCGAACCGGUCAUUACUACUUCAUAUGUGGUGUGCCUGGUCAUUGCGAAUCUGGUCAGAAGCUUGACGUCCUAGUCGUGGAUCCUAUUAAUGAAUCAAACAGUCCUAAGCCUUCAGAGGAUCCUCUUGAGGUUCUUCCAGUAGAUGAUGCAACGAUCGCAACACUUCCUUACAAUGCGGCAUCAGAUCCUUGUGGGUGGAAUGGUUUAAGCAUGCUCUUCUUAUUUCUCCUAUAA